ACCCAAUCACCCUAUACAAUCUCCUCCACCAUUCAAAGCUUCUUCUUUUUCUUCUUCUUCUUCUUCCAGAUUCCAGCCACAGCCAUCUCUACAUUCCAUCAGCUUCCUUCUCCACCCUCCAAUGGCUCUCAAGGGAACCCAAUCCAUCCUAGUUAUUUUUUUCUUCAUGUCCAGCCUCUUUGCUGUCACCACCGCCCAGUCAUCGAGCUCCUGCCAAUCUGCACUUCUAAGCCUGUCGCCUUGUCUGAACUUCAUCUCCGGCAAGGCGACAACGCCGUCAAGCUCCUGCUGCACGCAGCUCAGUUCGGUGGUCAAUUCAGAACCUCAGUGCCUAUGCGCAUUGCUCAGUGGCGAUGUCGGAUCUGGGCUUGGCAUAUCCAUAAACAAGACUCAAGCGCUUGAGUUGCCCACAGUAUGCAAGGUUCAGACAGCAUCGAUUAGCCAAUGCAACACUUCUUCUUCCUCGCCGCCGUCCACCGGUUCUCCGUCGACGCCGAAUAAUCCAUCAGGUGGUGGAUCAAAAAAUGUUCCAUCUGUGGAUACAGGUUCUGCAAAUGGAAGCCCUGCUGAAGUCUCUAUCACUCUUGUUAUCAGCUUGAUGUUUAUGGCUGUUUUUUCGUCUGCUUCUUCUAUCACUGUAUAAGAUUUUAGUGUGGAUCUUAGUUUUUUCUACAGAUUAUAUAUUUUUUUUCAGAGCUGUUAUUAUUGUAUCCUUAUAUGAUUACUUAUACUGAAUAAACAGAUCUAGAUUUGUCAA